CACACACACACGGCCUCGUGGCUUCGCGACUCCUCCUCCUCUUCUCGUCUUGGGUUUCUCUCCCUCCUCCUCGCCGUCGCGUCGCCGCGGAGGCGGAGGCGGAGAGCCAAGGCCGCGGCGGUGCAGCCGCCCUCCCCUCCUCCCGCCGCCAUGGUGAGGCCGACGCAGGACGCGAUCGACACCUUCGUCGGCAUCACCGGCGCCGAUGAGGCCGUCGCCGCCCGCAAGCUCGAGGAACAUCAUGGUGACCUAAAUGAAGCUGUGAAUGCCUAUUUCAAUGAAGGAGAUAGGACCAGCACCAGAGCCAAUGAAAAUCCUAUACCUACCGGUUAUGAUGACAUGGAGUUGGAUGAACCAUUUGGUCCUGUUCCUACAUUUCACAUGCCUUUGGGCAACCCUUUUUCACUUCUGGAUCAAGGUUUUUUAGAACGAGCUGCUGCUGUGUAUGGUGAGGGACCUCAUAUUACACACCCUAGGGAGGUGAGGCGGAUAGAUGUUGAAGUUAAGGACAACAAUACUCCAGCAGGUAGUUCUGGUCAUGGUCCUGUUAUUGAAGAUGUUACUGGACAUGAGUUUUCACAUGGGCCGGAAAUUCGUGGGACUGUUCUGAUUGAUGAAGAUGAUGAUGAUGAUAACUUGCCAUCUGCUCAAGAUACUCGUCUCCCAAGCAAUCCUUCAACUUCAAACUAUUCUGUACCAAGAGCUCCUCCAAUUGCUAAUGUUAGUGACUACAACAAUGACAUAGAAGAGGAGAUGGUUCGCGCUGCAAUAGAAGCAUCAAAAAGGGACGCAGAUGGACUGACAAAUGGUCUAAGAAGUGGAGAACGUGAAAAUGCAUCACGUGGCAGAGAUGAUGAUGAGAUUGCUCGGGCGGUUUCUAUGUCCUUGGAGACAGCAGAACAAGAGAGAGUUCUGCGCCAAGUGGGAGCGCAUGUGUCUGAUCAUUCUGAUUUAUCCGAUAAGGAAGACAUUGAAGGAGCAACUGGGACAGUGGAAAGGCAAGUACCAACUUCAGGGAAAGUUGGAACAUCUGAUCAGUUGGUAGAUGAAGAGAAUUUCCAGGAUGAUGACGUUGAGGAACAUUCUUUUGUUAGACAACACUCUAGGCGUGUACCAUCUGGAAAUGAUGAGUCCACAGAAGCACUUGAAAGGGCCAACAGUCAUCCAUCCAGUCUCCUCCCUCAUAACAUUGAAAACAAUCAGCAGUUCAAUGGAGUUUUUCCAUCAGAGUGGGGUGGCAUUUCUUCUGAAGAACAUGAUGAAGCUGUUAUGCUUGAAGCUGCAAUGUUUGGUGGAAUUCCUGGAAGAGCAGCAUAUCCAUUUUCUCUCCCGUAUCAUCAAAACUCAAGUCGCUACCCCACGGUUGCUCAUCCUCCGUCACCAACAUUAACUGCACAACGGUUGUUAAGGGAGCAGCAGGACGAUGAGUAUCUAGCAUCUCUCGAAGCUGACCGAGAAAAAGAAUUGAAGGCAGAGCAGGAGGCUGAGCUCCGCAGAUUAGAAGCUGCUGCUGAAAGAGAAGCUGCUAUUGCAAAGCAAAAACAAGAGGAGGAAGAAAAGCGAAGAAAACAACUCGAGGAAGAGGAAUUGGAGUCCAAGCUUGCAGCCAAACAAGCAUCAUUGCCAAAGGAGCCAUUACCAGAUGAUGUAGGGGCCGUCACUGUUGUAGUUCGCAUGCCUGAUGGUCGUCGUCAGGGAAGGCGCUUUAUGAAAUCCGACAACCUUCAGGUCCUUUUUGAUUUCAUAGAUAUCUCCAGGACUUUCAAACCAGGAACCUAUAGGCUGGUGAGGUCUUAUCCCAGGCGUGCAUUCACCGACUCUGAGUCUCAGAUGUCUUUAAGUGAUCUUGGCCUCAAUAGCAAGCAGGAAGCCUUGUUUCUAGAGCAGAUUUCAGGAUAGGGGGAAACCGGGAAAGAGUUAAUUGCAAUUAACACAACAGGGAUUCACAGAAUUUUUUUUUCUUUUUACUUAUGCCUGGCACAUGUUCGUGAAAAUAUUAGCAAGGUUCGCAUGAAACUUGGCGUUAAGGUCUCAUGACCCUCUUUUGUGUUUUGGAAUGGUGACUCUCAAGUACCGGGUUUCAUGUGAUACUCACCCUGCAUAUUUGAACAGUCAGAACUCAGAAUGUACAUAGACUGCUGCUUUCAGAGCUACCGCAAUUCAUCAAUUCAUUAAUCUAUGUUCGCUUGUUCAAGAUA